GGUAUACGACCUAAAAUGAUUCUAUCAAUGACUAUUUGAGUUGAAGUUUUCAAUUUUUAUUAUUUAAUGUAUUUUUGGAAUAUACUUGUUGAUGAUUUUCUUGAAUUUUGAUUAUGUCUGUAUGUAGAAAGAUUCUACUUAUUUCAGUCAAUAUCUUUAAAAGAAAAAUUAUGUUGUUAGAGACAAUUUAGAUCAAUAUGGGCAUUGAUAAAGUCAAGGCAGAUCGAAUUACAUCUUUCCUGCUCUUGAUAAUCAUUCUAUGUAGAUUUUCAUUGCAAGUACAAUGCCAACUAUUUGAUAAUUUGAAUCAAACGAGUAAUUCUAAGUUACCUCCACUGCUUGAUGAGGACUUCAAUCAAACAAGUAAUUCUGAGUUAGUUCAACUACUUGAUCAAUACAAUCGAACAAGAAACCCUGAGUUACUUCCAUUAGUUACACCGCUGAUUUACCAACGUCUGUCUGAUCUCACAAGUGUUUUUCAAGGCGACGUUAGUCGUAAAUUGGCUUUCUGUAUCAAGGAUCAGGAAGCAGAUUGGAAUGGGGCAUUCAAUUUUAAGGCGGAUUUGGAUUUUUUAUCUUCUUGUAUUGAGAAAACAAAUGGGGAUAUCACACAACGCCUAUGUACAGCAGCAGAAACAAAAUUUUACUUUAGUAGAUUCCUCGCAAAGAACUACUUGAAACCUAAUAUUAAUUGUAAUGUGACCACUUGGAAUGAUGGCUGUGAACCUGGAUGGGCUUGUAGAGUUGAAUUUGAUGAUCUAGUUGAUUUGAAAAAUUCGAACGGCAUGCCUACUAGAACUGCCGCUUGUCAACCUUGUUGCGCGGGCUUCUUCUGUCCUCGUGGACUUACUUGUAUGAUACCUUGCCCUUUAGGUUCCUAUUGCCCACUUGCGGAACUCAAUAAGACGACUAGCAUGUGUGAACCAUACCGUUACCAACUACCUCCAAAACAGCUAAACCAUACUUGUGGGGGAGCAGAUUCCUGGGCUGAUAUCAGUAGUAGUAGUGAGAUGUUCUUCUCAGCAGGAUCAUAUUGUCCCUCUACCACCAAAAAAGUACCUUGCAGUGAUGGACAUUACUGCCGUACAGGUUCAAGAUCUGAAAAAAAGUGCUUCAAGUUGACUUCUUGCAACCCAAAUACUGCAACACAGGGUCUCCGCUUACACGGUGCUAUUCUUAUUGCUGCAUUGAGUGCUUUGUUGAUCAUUAUCUAUAACUGCUCUGAUCAUGUUCUCGCCAUUCGUGAAAGAAGAAACGCUAGAUCUAGGGAAGCUGCAGCAAGAAGUGUCCAGGGAACUGCACAUGCACUUAACAGGUGGAAGGCUGCAAGAGACGUUGCCAAAAAGCAUGCACUUGGGCUUCAAAAAUCAUUAUCAAGUACACUUUCUCGUCAAAGGACAGCCAGACAACAACAGAAAAUAAUAACUCUGGGCAAUGCUAAAAGUGAGCCCGAUGAGGACGUAGAUAGUUCACGGGAAUAUCAGCUGAAGUCAUCCAAAUCAGAAAACAGAAUGAAGAAGGGAUCAGAAAACCCCACAGAGAUUAUAGAUGAUCUUGAAGGCAACUUUAACAGUAAUCGAGAUUUCAGUUUGGAGAAUAGUCAAAAGCAUGCACCAAAGGGGAAACACAUGCAUACUAAUAGUCAAACUUUUAAGUAUGUAUAUGAAAAAAUUGAGAAGGAGAAAGCGCAGCAACAAGAUAAUAGGAAACUGACCUUUUCUGGUGUAAUUAAAAUGGCCACUCAGACAGAAUUCAGGGCCAGACCAACGAUUGAGAUUUCUUUCAGAGACCUAACCGUUACUUUGAAAGGUAAAAACAAACAUCUCAUGAGGUGUGUUACUGGAAAAAUCAUGCCUGGUCGCGUUUCCGCUGUCAUGGGUCCAUCUGGAGCUGGGAAAACGACAUUUCUUAAUGCUCUAGCUGGAAAAGCUACGGGAUGCAAAAAGACGGGUCUUAUUCUUAUUAAUGGAAACGAUGAAUCGAUUCACUCGUAUAAGAAAAUCAUUGGUUUUGUGCCACAAGAUGAUAUUGUGCAUGGGAAUUUGACGGUAGAGGAGAAUCUCAUGUUCAGUGCCAAAUGCAGGCUAUCAGCUGACAUGCCAAAAGCGGAUAAGGUUCUGAUUAUUGAAAGAGUUAUCGACUCCUUGGGACUACAGCAUGUAAGAGGUUCCUUGGUUGGAACGAUAGAGAACCGGGGAAUUUCCGGAGGUCAGAGAAAACGAGUAAAUGUUGGGCUGGAAAUGGUUAUGGAACCUUCACUACUGAUCUUAGAUGAACCAACAUCUGGUUUAGACAGUUCAUCUUCCCAGUUGCUUCUAAGAGCACUUCGUCGUGAGGCACUUGAAGGGGUGAACAUCUGUGCAGUAGUUCACCAACCCAGCUAUAGCCUGUUCAGGAUGUUUGAUGAUCUGAUACUUCUAGCAAAAGGUGGUUUUAUAGUAUAUCAUGGACCAGUAAAGGAAGUCGAAGAAUAUUUUGCAGGCUUUGGGGUCGUAGUUCCUGACCGGGUCAAUCCACCAGAUCACUUCAUCGACCUUUUGGAGGGUAUUGUACCAAGCACUGGCAUAGACAUGAAACAGCUUCCUCUCAGAUGGAUGCUUCACAAAGGAUACCCAAUACCCCCGGAUAUGCAGCUCGAUGCUGCAGAUAUCGCUUCGUCAUCAAGAGGUCCAGAGACGAGUGUUGAUGUAGAUGAAGAUGAAGUUAGAUCAUUUGCUGGAGAUAUAUGGGAGGAUGUUAAGUGUAACGUUGAGAUCCAACGGGAUAACAUACAUCACAAUUUCUUGAUGUUGAAAGACUUGUCCAAACGUCUAACUCCUGGUGUAUUUAAACAAUGCAAAUACUAUCUUGGGAGGAUUAGCAAACAACGGUUGAGAGAAUCUAAAAUACAAGCUGUGGAUUUUCUAAUUUUAUUUCUUGCUGGAACCUGCUUAGGAUUACUUGCUAAAGUUAGUGAUGAAAAUUUCGGGGCAGCAGGUUACACCUACACGGUAAUAGCAGUUUCUCUUCUAUGCAAGAUUGCUGCAUUGAGAUCCUUCUCAACCGAUAAGUUAAUUUAUUGGAGAGAGAGUAGUUCUGGCAUGAGCAGCUUGGCCUAUUUUCUGUCGAAGGACACUGUUGAUCAUUUCAAUACACUUGUAAAGCCUGUGGUUUAUCUCUCCAUGUUUUAUUUCUUCAACAACCCUAGGUCUUCGUUCAUGGAUUACUACAUUGUUCUGGUCUUUCUUGUGUACUGUGUUACUGGCAUAGCCUAUGUGUUUGCCAUCUUUCUUGAACCUGGCUCAGCCCAGCUGUGGUCAGUUCUCGUUCCUGUUGUUUUGACUCUCGUCUCUACUCAGCAGACAACUGGAUUUGUGAAGUUCAUAGCAAAUUUAUGCUAUCCAAAGUGGGCUUUGCAAGCAUUUGUGAUAUCAAAUGCCGAAAGUUAUUCUGGAGUUUGGCUGAUAACACGUUGUGGUUCACUGAUGAAAAGGGGCUAUGAUCUUCGCAAUUGGAAUCGUUCCAUAAUCGUUCUUUUCCUUUACGGUGCAGGUAGUCGCAUACUUGCUUAUAUCUUAAUGGUCUCUUUCCAAAGAAAGUAAAUAAAAUUGUCGCUCUUAGCCUCUUAUUUUUAUGUAAAAGAGAAAAAUUAGAAGAAAGGAAAGAAAAGACAGCUUUCGAAGCUAUUGUUGUGGUGUAACCCCACUCAAGAACAUUGGUUAUCACUAGUCACUCGAUGAUAAUCUCACUUUAAUCAGUA